AUGUCACUUGCUGCUUCAAAAGCGUCUUGGAAUAGUAGCGAUAACCGUUUCAUUUUGCCAGCAAAAAUUGAUAAUUUUUAUUUGUUCUACGACGAAGACUGCAACGAGCAAGCGAUGAUAGAGAGCCACUGGGAAGUAGUCCGAGUAUUAACGCACGGGCCAGGUGUAACUGAUCCGUUGGAAGAGGUACGAAUGAUUCCCUUUUCCGGGGAUGUCCCAAAGCAUGUUGAUGAUGCUGCUUUGAACACUGAAAAUAAAGUGAGGACUUUCUUCACUGAGCUCUGUGAGGACGCUGAGAAAAAGGGUAUAGCAUUUGCGGAAAGGACUUUAAAGCAAGUGAGCGCCGAAAACUUGGAGAAAGAAAUAAAAACAACGCGUGAGGCUGUUGGUGAAACGGCACUCAAUUUUUAUAUGUAUGUUGACAACAAAGGCAAUUCGCAUGGUAUGUUUUUUUGCUUUAAUGUCUCUGGUUCCUUUACUUUCAACCACUACUUUUUUAUAAGAGUGCUCUGUCUUUUUAUUGUUCUUAAUUAUAACGUGGCGCAGUAG